AUGGUGUCUUUUCAGAUCCUGUCUGACCUCCAUCUAGAAGCCCCCGAGGCGUAUGAUUUGUUUGACAUCGCUCCCAAAGCUCCCUACCUAGCACUUCUGGGCGAUAUCGGCAAUGUCAAGGACGAUGGUUUGUUUAUCUUUCUUGAAGCUCAGCUUCAAAAGUUUCAGAUUGUCUUUUUCCUCUUAGGAAACCACGAACCAUACCACUCUAAUUGGACGGCUGCAAGGGAAAUAAUGCAAAACUUUUCUAAGACCAUUAUUCAAAAACGAACGCAAGAGGGUCAGCAGCUGGGGGAGUUUGUGUUCAUGGAUCAGACACGCUACGAUAUCUCCCCUCAUAUUACCGUUCUGGGCUGCAUACUAUAUUCCAGAGUCCUCAAGAGCCAAGAAACUCAUGUUAGCUUUGGCCUUAACGAUUUUUAUCUCAUUGAGGAUUGGACUGUCGAUGCCCAUUGCGCCGCCCAUGAGGCUGACCGAACAUGGCUUAACGAUCAGGUUUCUCGGAUUGUGAAGUCGGAACCGCGUCGCAAGAUAGUGAUAUUUAGUCAUCAUAGUCCAACCCUUGCGGCAGCGGCUGUUGACCCCGUGCAUGCCAACAGCCCUUUGUCUUCAGGGUUCGCAACGGACAUCGCAGAAGAACCAUGUUGGAAGAAUGCCCAAGUGUGUCUGUGGGCAUUUGGACAUACGCACUACAAUUGCGAUUUCAUAGACGACAAGACUGGGAAACGACUCGUGGCGAAUCAGAGGGGGUACUACUUCGCUCAGUCGAAGGCGUUCGAUCCGGAUAAAGUGUCCCCUGCAAUGGCGUCUAUUACCCGCUCGUUGCGGCCUCUGUGCCGCACUACUACUCCCUUCCGCAUGGCCGCAAGACGGCCACUGCCCUCUCAUUUAGCUCGGAGUACCCAUGCAUUCUCUACCACAUCCCGCCGGCGGGAUGUCGACUUGUCCAGUCUGACACCAACCCCGAUCACCCUUCUUUCCGAAACAGAGUCGAUGAUGGCCGACACAGUGUCAAAGUUCGCUCAGGAGCAGAUUGGACCUAAGGUCCCCGAGGAAUACGGUGGAGCCGGCAUGAACUUCACAUCCGCUAUCGUGGCGAUUGAGGAAUUGGCAAGGAUUGACCCUAGCGUCAGUGUCAUGGUCGAUGUCCAUAACACACUUGUAAACACGGCUAUCAUGAAAUACGGUGAUGCCCAGGCCAGACGGACGUGGUUGCCCAAGCUAGCUACGGGCACUGUUGGCUCAUUCUGUCUCUCUGAGCCUGCAUCUGGAUCAGACGCGUUCGCUCUGCAGACCAAGGCCGAGAAGCUUUCCGAUGGAUAUAAGCUGAAUGGUUCGAAGAUGUGGAUCACCAACGCUAUGGAGUCUGGUGUAUUCAUCGUCUUCGCCAACCUUGACCCCAGCCAAGGGUACAAGGGUAUUACAGCCUUUAUUGUCGAGAAGGACACACCCGGGUUCUCUAUUGCCAAGAAGGAGAAGAAGCUGGGCAUCCGCGCCAGCAGCACCUGCGUGCUCAACUUCGACGACGUGGUGAUUCCCAAGAGCAACCUCCUCGGUGAAGAAGGACAGGGCUACAAGUAUGCCAUCAGCGUCCUUAAUGAGGGUCGCAUUGGUAUUGCUGCUCAGAUGACCGGUUUGGCACUGGGCGCCUGGGAGAACGCUGCUCGCUAUGUCUGGAAUGACCGCCGCCAGUUUGGCCAGCUCAUUGGAACCUUCCAAGGCAUGCAGCAUCAGUUGGCACAGGCCUACACCGAAAUUGCUGCAGCGCGUGCUCUAGUCUAUAAUGCCGCACGCAAGAAGGAAGCAGGUCAAGAUUUCGUCCAUGACGCCGCGAUGGCCAAGCUCUAUGCCUCCCAGGUUGCAGGCCGCGUAUCCGGCUCUGCAGUUGAAUGGAUGGGCGGAAUGGGCUUUGUGCGUGAGGGCAUCGCAGAGAAGAUGUUCCGUGAUAGCAAGAUCGGCGCUAUCUACGAAGGAACCAGCAAUAUUCAGCUGCAGACCAUCGCGAAACUUCUGCAGAAGCAGUAUACUAACUAAAACUCACUAAAUAUGAAGCCUUAUUAUUCUAUUGGUGUUGCUAGAUAACUGGCGUACGUUCUUGAGGGAUGUAGUCACUUGAUGACCGCAAGCUCCAUGGUAUGCCCCUGCUGAUCUUAGAGUUAUGAACAAUUUGUAUGAUA